GAUGAGGAAAAAGGUCUUAGAAAAGUGAGUGAAAUUGUGGAGGAGCAGCAACAUCUUAAGGAUGGAUUAAGUGCUCAUAAAUCUGAGGUUAAAAAAACCCAAGAUGAACUUGAAGAUUUCAGAAAGACGGUGUUAAGUCUUAAUAGGGAAGCUACAAAAUUACAAAAGGAAGCUACAGCCAUAGAAACCACUCUGGAAGCGAAAAGAUUAAGACGACAUAAUAUGCUUCUUGAAUGCAAGGUCCAGGACUUGAAAAUAAAGCUCCUGUCUGGAUCACUGUAUGACAUCAGUGAAGUAGAGCUAGGAACUGAAACAGAAGACACUGAGACUACAUCAAGUAUCUACGAAAGGGAAGAAGCGAUUCAGAUAGACUACAGCAGCCUAGGAGAAGAUCUGAAGGACCUGGACUCUGAUAAAGAGAUAGAGGGUCAUCUGAAGCAGAUGCAGCAGGAAAUAAAAUCUAAAGAGAGUACUUUAAUGAAGACAGCUGCUCCAAACCUGAGAGCAGUAGAGAAAUUACAGAUAGCUCGGGACAAGUUCCAGGAGUCAGCAGAUGCUUUUGAGACCAGCAGGAAGGAGGCCAGAGUAUGCAAGCAAGAAUUUGAACAGGUGAAAAAAAGGAGAUACGAGCUUUUUAGCCGGUGCUUUGAGCACACCUCCGUAGCUAUUGAUCAGAUCUACAAGAAACUUUGCAGAAGCAGUAGUGCUCAGGCACUCCUUAGUCCUGAAAAUCCUGAGGAGCCUUAUCUGGAAGGGAUUGGCUUUAACUGCGUGGCUCCAGGAAAACGCUUUAUGCCAAUGGACUGUUUGUCAGGAGGUGAAAAAUCUGUGGCAGCUCUGGCUCUUGUGUUUGCUAUACACAGUUUUCGGCCAGCACCUUUUUUUAUUUUAGAUGAGAUAGAUGCUGCCCUGGAUAACACAAACAUUGAUAAAGUAUCAAGUUUCAUUAGAGAAUUAGCACAUGAACGGUUUCAAAUGAUAGUUAUUUCUCUAAAGGAAGAGUUCUACGCCAAAGCAGAUGCAUUGAUUGGAGUGUGUCCAGAGCAUGACGACUUUGUGUUCAGUCGAGUACUGACUUUGGAUCUUACCCAAUAUCCAGACAGCACCAACCAGGAAAGAACAGAGAAGCGCAAACACAGUUCCAUUUCAGAAUAA